ACUGGUGUUUUCGUUUCUGGGUACUCUGCAUCGUUCGUGUCCAAGGAAGAGAUUCCAGCUGACCAGUAUGCUUUGUGUUUAAGAGGUUUAGAUGGAAUUUUUACCUUUUACGACUCAAUAAAGGCUAGAGAGGAUCGUUCAGUCAUCUAUAAACGAACUCUCGUCACCCAAAAGCUGGAGCCAAAGCUUCAAAAGAAACAAUAGAGAUGUGGCGAGAAGACUUUCUCGGAUUCCCUAGCCUAAUCAUGGCUGCACAAGACCAAGACCCUUGGAGCUUAGUUAAAGAUGUAUUGCCACUGCUCUCAUAUUCUGCCCCCUUUGCAAUAUAUCAUCAGUAUAUCAGAAGAUCAAAUCCCUUACUAACUGCUCUCUAACCGAUUGUUUAAAGGGUUAUGAAGAACCAAAUUUCUGUUUCACAUUGUUGGUGUUUACUUGAGCUGAAGAAUCAAGUUAUUGUUUCACAUUGUUGACGUUUGAUGGGUUGCUGUUAAAUUGGUAAUUAUAUAAUGGUUACUUGUUUUGAUUCUUGUUUCCUGCAUCUUUCAGUUCUAAUAAGCAGAACAGUUAUGGCUUUUCAUUUCCACCAACAUCAUCAGCAGCAGCACCACUGACCUCAUCAUCAUUAUCAACACCAAACCCUGUCCUCCUAAACCUUCUACGUCUCCGAGCCUAACAACGAGUAUAUCCAGAGUUGUGACAUCGUCGCAUUCAAUAAGACCUAGAGACUUUAAACCCUCUCCUUACCAAAACAUAUUUGAUUUCCAGGUUUUGUUUUCGUUUGUAUGGUUUGCUGAAGAUGUUUCUUUUCUAGUUGCAAGACCUUUUUCAUAUUACAAUAACACUAAAUUAUAAAAGCCUUUUUAUUCCUA